CAUGGCAAGAGCUCAGAGAUUAAGGGGUUUCUCUGCACCGCCAACAACAGGGAUUGCUCGCAGUUUGUAACUUGCCAAAGAAGAAGGAUGAUUCAGUUUUUUUGAGCUGUAACUUUUGUGUCUGUUACAGAUAUGCCUUUGUUGCAAAAUCAGCAGUUCAAGUUUUGUUUUUCUUCUGUGCAUCUACUUGCUCGAGACAGGUAGAAUAGAGCGGAGCAAAAAGCAGCUACCACCUAAAUGCCUGUGUGAUUCUACUGAGGAAAGGAGCCAGAGGAUGCAGGUGGCAGCGAGGCUUUGAACUAACUUGUUUGAAGUUGUUUUUUUUUUUCUUUCCUCAUGUCAAAGGUGAAAGAUUAUACCUGGCAGAGGAAUUUAGUCUUCAAAUGAAGGACUUCAUGAGCUGAAUCUCAACUCUCUGGCAGAAUGCAACACACUGGUUUCAGUGUGUUAAUGAGGAUGAUUGUGUGAAUGGGUCUGAAUGAAGUGUGAUGCUUUUCCUUAGCAGUGGGACUGUGGAUGCGACCCCAAGGAGUACAGCUAUAGAACAGCAGCAGCGGGAGAUAACUGUAUACCACGUCUCUGUAAUCUUGAAAGAAACACAUACAGAUGCACCGGUGUCAGAGCUGGAAAUGGGCCAGGUCACUCACACCCUGGUUGGGAAUUGUCAGCCAAAUGGAGAGAUGACUUGUAUAGUCCAAAUGGAGAAAAGCCCGAGGUUGGGCAAGGCACAACACGAGCUCAGCAGGUGGCUCUCCCUGAGUAGCGCCGGGAGGCAUAGAGAGGAGGUAGUGGUGGAGGAGGAUGAGGAGGAGUUGGAGGAGGUGAUUGCGGGAAAAAUGAAGACAGACAAGUUUUUUAAACCACCUUCAAAAUACACAGGAAACUCCUCACAACAACACAGAGACGUGGUAGAGCUAACAGCUCAACCAGACGCCAAGGAGCAGCUCGUUCAGAGCUCAACAUCGUGCUCUGCCACCAUCCAGGCUAAAGGACUUGUUCAUGGGAAUCAUGACAGUGCACCAGGAAGAAGGUCUCUGCCUUGGGCCCUGCUACGAAGGUCACAUCAGGAUGAAGCCCUGCUCGGCAGAAGGACGAUGAGCAUGUAUGACGGUCCGGUCAAGGUCCAAAGAGAUCGUCAGCCCGAACAAGAACGACGGCUGCUGAGGCCGAGGAGCGUUUGCAUGCUUCCAGGUGCAGUCGCAGUUCUGCCAGAGCCCCAAGCCCAGGAAUCCUUCAAAUGGACAGGAAGUUUAGACAGCCACCAGCACAGGAGCAGGAAGGCUGAGCUAAGAGCAGUGGAUGGCCUCAAUCCUGUUGUGGCUCAACGGCCAUCGGGCCCUGCGGAGGUGAAACUUAGGGUCCGCCAGAGGAGCUGGAAGCCCAGGCCCGUCAGUAUGACAGUACUGGAACUAAAAAAGAGGGGCUCUGAUGAUGAGAUAAACAGCGAGAGGAGUGGCUGCCACAGAGGUGGCGAAGGAGAGGGAUUUUUCAAAGGAGGCUUACGAUGGAAACUGUUUGGCAAAACAUCACAAGAGAAGAACAAGGAAAAGCAAAAUGACAAAGAUGCCAAAAUUUCCCCCCAAAACAAGAAAUCUGAUACUUCAAAAAGUACACUGAGCUCUUUAAGACGGAGUUUUAGUCUGCGAAUCAGGAGGACUCGUCCUAGGGAUUUGGGUUCUGGGGUAGAGUCAAAGGACUACUCUCAGACUAAAAGUACUGCUGAAGAGGUAACGAUGCCUCCUCAACCCUUCUCGUACCUCACAGGAAGAAAGAUUUCAACUUCCAGUGAUCAGGCGGAAGAUGGAGGCAUGCAGUACAUUCAGUAUCACAGCAGGGGGAAGGUCAAGGUAAUGGAGGUACCCCUCUGUCCACCAAAACUGACUUCCAAACCAGUUCAGGAAGAACCAAGUAUAUGGCAGCUCAUAGCAAACCGUUUCAGGAGGAAAGACCAGCCAAGCAGUGGCAAAAGUGAAAUUCAGCAGUCCCAAAGCAAAGACAGUGGUCAGUAUCCCCAGACUGGGAAUAAUAAGUCACAGCCUGUCACCAUAGAGACUCUGGCAGGCACUGACUCCCAAAAAGGUCAAGACUCUUUUGUCAACAGCCAGGAAUGGACAUUGAGUCGAUCAGUGCCGGAGCUGAAAGUGGGGAUUGUGGGAAACCUGUCCAGCGGGAAGUCUGCCUUGGUUCAUCGAUAUUUGACAGGGACAUAUGUGCAAGAGGAAUCGCCAGAAGGUGGACGUUUCAAGAAAGAAAUUGUGGUGGAUGGACAGAGCUACUUACUUCUGAUCAGAGAUGAAGGGGGGCCUCCAGAAUUGCAGUUUGCUGCCUGGGUGGAUGCCGUGGUUUUCGUUUUCAGCCUGGAGGAUGAGAUCAGUUUCCAGACGGUCUACAAUUACUUCUUGCGCCUUUCCAGCUACAGGAACACAGCAGAGGUCCCCAUGGUCCUCGUUGGAACACAAGAUGCAAUCAGUGCUGCCAACCCCAGAGUGAUUGAUGACUCACGGGCCAGAAAGUUGUCAAAUGACCUGAAGCGCUGCACGUACUACGAGACCUGCUCCACCUACGGCCUGAAUGUGGAGAGAGUCUUCCAGGACGUUGCCCAGAAGGUUGUGGCCAUGAGGAAAAAGCAGCAGCUCUCUAUUGGUCCAUGCAAAUCACUCCCAAACUCUCCCAGCCACUCAUCAGUCCCCGCUGCAUCGAUCCCCUCUGUUCACAUUAACCAGGCGGCCAAUGGUGGGGGUGCAUUCAGCGACUACUCCUCCUCCGUUCCCUCCACCCCCAGCAUAAGUCAGCGGGAGAUGCGCAUUGAGACCAUCGCUGCCUCCAACACGCCCACGCCCAUCCGCAAGCAGUCAAAGCGCCGCUCCAACAUUUUCACAUCACGGAAAGCCAGUGAACAAGCAAAGAGCGUUGACAGUAAAACAGACAGCAUAGGCAGUGGAAGGGCCAUACCUAUCAAACAGGGAAUCCUUCUGAAGCGAAGUGGCAAAUCCCUCAACAAGGAGUGGAAAAAGAAAUAUGUCACACUGUGUGAUAAUGGCGUCCUCACUUACCACCCCAGUUUACAUGACUACAUGCAGAAUGUGCACGGGAAAGAGAUUGACCUGCUGAGGACAACGGUUAAGGUGCCUGGGAAGCGACCGCCCAGAGCAGUGGCCACCGUCGCCCCCACUGCUAGUCCCAAAACCAACGGGCUGACCAAGGACCGCAGCACUUUGCAGCUGGGCUUAGGAAACACAGGCGCUUCUCACUCCAACAGCAGCACAUCCCUCCAAACGGGCGGGUCGGCGUUUGGCGGCAGUAAAGAUGGCAUGCACCAACGCUCCUUCUCUGUGUCCAGCGCCGACCAGUGGAAUGAAGCCAUCAACACCAGUACAAGCAGCGGAGCCCCUAACGGGAUGAGUGAUCCGACCGGUUCGAGUGUGGGCAGUGCAACGAGUCCUAAACUUGAGCCACCUCCCUCGCCACACGCAAACCGCAAGAAACACAGACGGAAAAAGAGCACAGGCAUCACAAAGCCAGAUGGCUUAUCCGCAGGCAAUGAAGAGCAAGAGGAUUCCUUUGAGUUCGUGAUUGUGUCGUUGACGGGUCAGACGUGGAACUUUGAAGCGUCCACGUAUGAGGAGAGGGAGCUGUGGGUCCAAGCUAUCGAGAGCCAGAUUUUUGCCAGUCUGCAGUCUUGCGAGAGCAUAAAGAACAAGUCUCGGUUGGGCAGCCAAAGUGAUGCAAUGGCCAUUCAGUCCAUACGAAAUGUGAGGGGGAAUAGCUUCUGUGUGGACUGUGACGCACCAAACCCCGACUGGGCCAGUUUGAACUUGGGUGCCUUGAUGUGCAUCGAAUGCUCAGGCAUCCACAGGAACCUGGGCACCCACCUGUCUCGCGUGCGCUCUCUUGACUUGGACGACUGGCCCGUGGAGCUCAGCAUGGUGAUGACUGCCAUCGGUAACGCAAUGGCCAACAGUGUGUGGGAAGGCGCUUUGGAGGGGUACACCAAGCCAGGGAGCGACAGCACCAGGGAAGAGAAGGAGCGCUGGAUCCGAGCCAAGUACGAGCAGAAGCUGUUCCUGGUGGGACUGCCCCAGUCAGAUGUGCCUCUGGGGCAGCAGCUGCUUCGGGCGGUGGUGGAGGAUGACCUGAGGUUGGUGGUGCUGCUGUUGGCCCAUGGCACCAAGGAGGAGGUUAAUGAGACCUACGGGGAUGGAGAUGGACGCACCGCUCUGCACCUCUCGUGUGCUAUGGCCAAUGUAGUCAUCACACAGCUGCUCAUCUGGUACGGUGUGGAUGUGAAAAGCCGAGAUGCCCGCGGCCAGACGCCGCUGUCCUACGCUCGGCGGGCUGUGAGCCAGGAGUGCGCGGACAUACUACUCCAACACGGUUGCCCCAACGACACCAGCAGCCUGACCUCCGUGCCCACGCCCAACAUGAGCCGCCGCAACCCCAACAUCAACAACAACAACGCCCAGUGUGAGCUCAACCGCAGUAUCAGCAUCAUGUAGGAGCCAGAAAGCAGCUGCAGACGAGCACCCACCUAAACCCACCCGUGUCUCCUCCCAGUACUUCCUCCUCUGUUUCUCACACUGUGUAACCCAAAACCAGUACGCACGGAUAGGUAUCAGGAGCGACGGACCUACUGCAGAUAUUCCACCGCGCUGACAGAAGCGGGAGCGUUUGGGGUUUCGGACAUUGUACAUUGUUUAUUUUAUAUUAUUAUUUUUUAUUCCUGUUGUUUGUUAAAUUUAUUCAAUCUCGGUCUGAAGUGAUCACGAUGAGCUUUAAGCUUUUUUGUUUUUUAAGCGUCAACCAAACAAAUGACUUACUUUGGCAUUCAUACCUACUCUACGAAAAGCAUUUCCUUAAUGCUUGAACAUUUCCUUUUUAUGUCUUCCCCUUCUGCGAUGUGAACUGAUUAUACAGUGUGAAUGAGAAACUUCCUUCAAAUUUCCAAUCCUAAGUGUAAUAACAUAAAACUGUAAAGAAUAGUUUUAGAAGUGACAAAACACUGAUGUGGGAAAGAAACUAAAUCUCUCUUGAUAUCAGUGGCUGUUGCAGGCUUUCGUAAUGAUGCAUGUCUUCAACACAGCUAUCAAACUCUUGACAUACUAUUCAUAUACAAAGGCAAAGCAAUUAUAGUUAAAGAGUCCAAAUGAUUUAGAUACUUAAUUUACAGGGAAAUGGAUUCAGAUCAUCAUAAAGGAGUUGAUUGCACAAUUCCUAUCGGGUGAAAUUGAGUCAUUUCCUUCGCCACCCUUAUCGUGAUGCUCGGGUAAAAGUGUCCGUGACUACAAAGGAAUUAAGGGGCAUAAUGUUUUAUGACCAUUGAGCCACAUGGCUUUGUACGCGUUCCUCUUCAAUCAGAAAUCAUUCAGAUUCAAAGGUUUGAUUAAAGCAGUGAAAUUGUGCCAUUACGAUCUUUUUGUUGGAGUAAUUUCCCAAAUGACAAGAUUGUGUUGAUAAUUGACACAGAUUCGCGCAAUUUCAUCCCGUGAGCGUCCUGGAAUAUCCACUCGCCUCCUGUGGCCGAAGGCUGUCGUAUUCGGUACUCUAAAGAAGACUUCCUCUGUUGUUGCUGUGAAAUGCAUAUACUGGUACUGUGUGUGUGUGCGCCCGCGUGUGCGUCCAUACAUAACGCUACGAUACGUUUGUGCUUGCGUCUUCGUCGUGCAACUGGGCAUUUCUGUGGUGAAAGGACGCCGGAGAGGAGACAGAAACUGUCAGUGACGAUUUGGGAUCAUAACUGUGUAACAAUGUACAGACCACUGUAAAAAGUAGUUCUUCUUCCUUUGCCUUAUUCCUUAUAAGAAGUUUGAACUUAGUCGAUGAAAAGCAGCCUUUUACCUUCUCCUUAAACCUCUGUGCUCUCCCUCUGAGAACCUGUCAGCCCGAAACCAGGGAGUUAACAACAAGCAUUCACGUGACUGACGUGAGACAUUUAGGGAUUCAAAUGAGCAAAGAUGUUCAUAUAUAUAGAGAGACGAGUACACUUAGUUUGCAUUAUUACAAAUGUACAGUAUUCCACAGACGUGAUAAGCCAACUCAUUUAGAGUAAGUGGGACUCGGACAUAAAAAUAACUUUAGAUAGAGUCGGCACAAUGUGGGUGUAUUUCUCCUUUUAUUAAACUGCCAUUUGUGAGGUUUUAAAACAUCUUUAUUUUACGUGUUUACAUGGGCAGAAUGUUUGUUUACAGAGCAAGUUAUGAACUUGGUACCUUAUCUACAUGGUUUUAUUGUUGCGUUACAGUAUUCCUGUUUUCAGAGCCUACUGAAAAUGACCAUGAGGUCAAAAAAGGGUUUUGUUCAUCCAGGCGAUGGAGAUACUGUAAAGGAACGUUUUGACAUUUAAAAACAAAAAUGCUUAUUUGCUUUCUUGAUGGGAAGAUUGUGUACAGAUGUUUUUCCAGAGCAGCCAUUUUCACAUGAAGUAGUUAUCAACCACAUUUGGUAAAGGUUCUACUUAGGUACAUUACACCUUGUUUACAGAGCCGUUACCACGAUGGAACUAGGCUUAAUAAAGAAGUUACACCAUACGUCCCUAUAUGUCUGGGGUUUCUUGCUCUGGAGUUUAUGCACACCUAACAGUCGUAUCGAUCUUCCUGUCUUCCUCCCAGCAAGAGGCGCAUAAGCAUAUUUAAUAAAAUGUCAACUUAAUCUUUGAAGACAUCCCCAAAAGAAAUCAAACUGACUUCUUUGAAUUUACUAGUACUGUAAUGUGAUACUGGCCUUAUUUCUGAUCUUUACUUGACCAACCUGUUUCAUGAGUGCAUUUUAUUGUCCAAGGGGAUCAGUAAGAGGAGUUAAGCGUGUACAGUGAUUACCCUUAUUUACAUACUGUAGAUGAUUUAAAAAAAAAAACACUAGAAAUCUGCCUGUUUUUCCCCCUGAAAACAAGAUGAAGUGUACAUAUUAGCUUAAUGCUUUUAUCUGAAGACAAACUCCUGAACUGAAAUGGUUUUCGGUCUUCCUGACCAACAAACCGUAUUUUGAUAUGUUUUGUUUUGUUUGUUUGUUUCUUCUUUGGCAUAUUUUUUUAAGGUACUUCUGUUUGGUCUUGCCGUUAACCGACCAUCUUUGGUACUUGUGUAUAAUGAUGUACAUUUAACAUAUUUAUAAUGCAGUAUGUAAAUAUAUUUUCUUGUUUUUGUUUUGUUUUUUGUUCAUUUUCCUAUUGUAAUUCCUUUACAUUCAGAACGUGAAUCAAAAGCUAAAGAAUAACUUGUUGUAUGCUUGGAUGCUUGGCUGACUGUUGACCUAUUAAUAAACACUCAAAUAAAAACGAUGUAGCCUUCCCUGGAUUUAGGGAAAUCGA